AUGUCAACAGUCGAAAACGAUAGUGGCACGUCCACCAGCGUGUCCAAAAGCCGAUCAAAGCCACCAAGUCUCCUGGCAUGCAUCCCCUGUCGCCGAAGUCACUUGAAGUGUAGUGGCGAGAAGCCGCUAUGCAAGCGAUGUGCAGACAGGAACGGGGACUGCUUCUGGGUCGAUUCUAGAAGAGGAUACCGAGAGUUCAGAAAGAACCAGCCUGAGAGGUCGACCAGAAAUGAUGCCAUAUUCAACGAAUCGCAGACUCCCCACCCAGAACCACCCUUUGUCGACGAGGCUGACACCAGCGAAAUCCGGACCCUUACUUAUGAUGAGCUCUUCCCGGAUGAUCUGGUAGAUCCCAUGUUAGCUACGAUGCCACUCGAGCUGCAGACACUACCAGGACCCCGGGCUGAGGGCGACAGCCCGGGUGGACACAGUGACUCAACCAUGUCGCUACCUCGCGAGACUAGAUCACUAGGUGUAGUCAGAGCAGGUGACGACCUUAUCGAACUAUUUUACAAGCAUUUCUACCCCUGUCACCCCUUUGUCGCACCAAAGAAGAUGUAUCUCGAUGAUCCAUCCAUACUCCCCAGGCCUCUCCGGGUUGUCAUCCACUACCUUGCGAGUCACUAUGUGCCGGGUACAAAUCAGACUGCGCUAGGCAAUGCUGCUAAGUGCAUCUUCGCGGAGGACGUUCCUGAUGAUGGUUUCAAGGUCCAGGGUCUCCUUCUCUACGCCAUGACAUGCUUUGCAAGGUUUGCUCAGAAAGAAGGAGCCCAGGCCCUGAGUCAAGCUAUCGAGAUCGCCUUGAGGAUUGGCAUGAACCGGCAGAGCUUCGCCAUUCAGCAUGGCCGGAAUGAUCCGACAGUUCAAGAAAUGUGGCGGCGAACAUGGUGGACAUUGUUCGUCAUUGAAGGCACGGCCGUGGUCAUGGGCGGACAGUCGCAGCCCUUCCAGCUAUACUCGACCUUCAAUGAUGUCCCUUUACCCGGCGACGACGAGGACUAUAAUGACCUUCGCGCCUCUCCGUUGCCGCGCAGCAUUUCGGACCUUCGUGAUCGUAUCAUCUCUGAAGAUACAUACGCGUACUCCUCGUUCGCAUACGUUGUUGAAGCAACUUACAUUCUUGGUUCCGUACUUGCUCUAGGACCUGACACCUUUGCCGUCACCGAUCCUCAAGUGGAGGCCAUUGAUGCCAGCAUCACGAACUAUUUCCUCUCCUUGCCACCAGGCAAGCGCGAGAUCGUUGGACAGUGUGGGCGUGUGGAUGAGUGCCUCCUCAUGGCCCACCUGCUGGCCAACUGGGCCGCUAUUAGCCUUCAUCGGCCUCGGUCGAGCCUCACAUUCAUUCGCAAUCACUACCGAACAACGUGUACGCGCGCUGAAGCUGCGGGUCUGCCGGCACUUGCUUACUCCUCACAUACUGCGAAGGCUCUCCGAGCAGCGAACAACAUUAUCAGCCUUGCAACAGUCCAACAUUCCAUGUCUUAUGCUCCCCCAGUAUUGGUAUGUGGCAUCACCACGGCUGCUACAGUGCACCUGCCUGCUUAUGGCCUAAUCGACCGCCCUGACCAAGCGACCGCAAUUAAGGAGCGCUUGAAAGUUGCUAUCUCCGCGCUGGCUGCGUUUGGUGAAAUCUGGCCUCGCGCCAAUAUAGCCAAAGGUCAGGUGGCCAGGUUCGCGCGGGAAGUGCUUACCAAGCCGAAUGUGUGCAUAAGUAGCGCUGGCCCAGACAUGAUUCCACGCAUUACCAGCGACCCAAUACCGCAGCUACAGUAUGACGUACCUUUUAACGGCGAGCUUUGGAUGGAAAGCCUGAUAGACAGUGAUGCCAAUGUUGGUGAGGGACAAGCAUGUACCGUGUUUGACAACUUUUCCAUGUCACAGGCACAGAGUACGGCAACAUUGUGUAUACCAGCGUUGCAAAGUACCACGUGA